AUGUCAUUAGGUUAUUACGGACCGUUACCGCGCAAGACGGUAAAACAAGGAAAAGGGCAUUCCACAUUUCCUCCCGCUCCCUCCUCGUUUCCCCGGCUCGCCUUCCAUCUGUUUCUGCUCUUCCCUCAGUUCUUCAUCUACUUACCCCUCACCCCUCAGCACCCCUCUGCUCUUCCCUCAGUUCUUCAUCUACUUACCCCUCACCCCUCAGCACCCCUCUGCUCUUCCCUCAGUUCUCCCCGCUCUCCCCUCUUCGCCCCUCCUCCCUCCCCGCUUUCAUAUCUUUUCGCGCACCGCUCAGGUCUUCUCUUCCCUUCGCUGAAUUCGCCCCGCUCUCCUCUCGUCCCCACCCCGCUGUCAGCUCAUCACCCCUCCGCUCUCCUCAUUUCCCUCCCCUCAUUUCCCCUUCACCUCCCACCUCAUUACCCCCUUCACUCAUCCCUCUUUCCCCCUGCUCUUUCCGCAUCUCCCCCAGCUCUUUCCGCAUCUCCCCCAGCUCUUUCCGCAUCUCCCCCAGCUCUUUCCGCAUCUCCCCGUCCCCCCACCUCACACCCCAUCUCGCCCUCCCCCACCCUUUCAACCAUUCAACCGUGGUCUCUCCCUCCACCCCCCCCCCCCCCCCCCCCUUUCCCUCCUCUCUCCCCUCCUCACCCCUCCUUUCCUUCCAACACUCCUUCGGGCACAGAAGGAGCCGCCAAACUCUCCACAUCCCCCCCCCACUCACCCCUCAUCUUCCCUCCGCUCUCCCUGCAUCUCGCCACUUCACCCCUCACCCCCCUUUCUCUCACCCCUCAUCUCUCCCUCCCCAUGGCCUGA